GGGGCAUAGAGCGCUUCUAACAGACCGACCCAGACAAUGACUUUGUUGUUGCAGGUCGACAAACUUUUCCAGGUGAUGCGUGCCAUCCAGCGACGGCUGCGACAGUAGACUACCGCAAAGCGCAUCAGUACCAUCCCGGGGUAGACUUUUAUAAGACAGUUUUAGAGAGGGAAACAAGGAUUUAAUCCAACCAUGUUCUUCUUAUUAAUGUUUAUUGCUUGCCUGUGGCUGCAGUGUGUACUCGCCCAGACCAGAACCCAGAGCAUGGUGGUGGAAGCUCGUAACAUCACGCUCCCAGCAGGCUCCAACGCCUUGCUGCCGUGUCACAACCAACGCAUCGUUUGGCGGCAGGAUCGUCUGCGGGACCGGCAGCGUGUGGUGCACUGGGACGUGUAUCGCAGCCGCCCACACGAGGGGGUGGAGCGCGUGCUGGACCUCUUCCCUGGGGGCAGUGAACGCCUCUACAGCAACUACAACAAGGGCCGCAUCAACAUCUCACCCGACGCGUUCAUUGAUGGCAACUUCUCACUCAUCAUUCAGAAUGUAGGGGCGAAUGACAGAGGCCUCUACACAUGCAAUUUGCAUCACCACUACUGCAACAUUCACCAGGCCCUUCAGAUGCAGCUCAAUAUCACCAAGUCAGCCCAUAAGGAGAGGCGUUUUUGGGAUGGAGAGAAGUCCGUUUUUGUGGUCCUGGCGGGGAGCACCAUAGUUCUGCCAUGCAUGAACCGCCGGCCGCUGUGGACCGAGGGCAGCCAGGAGGACCAGCAGCAGGUGGUCCACUGGGACUGGCAGCCGCCGGGUGUGCGUCCAGACGGUGCUGAGCGCCUGGUGGACCUGUACGCCUCGGGCGAGGAGCGUAAAUACGGGCCGCACUUCCUGCGCGAGAAGAUGAACAUCACGGCGGACGCCUUCUCGCGUGGCGACUUCUCCCUCCGCAUCUCGGACCUGCAGCCGACGGAGAAGGGGCUAUAUGUCUGCCACCUGCAUCACCACUACUGCGGCCUGCACGAGAGGCGCAUUUUCCGCCUCAUUGUGGGUGCCCCCCUUCUUCAGCAACCCGUCCCCACAAGACCCCGGGAACUCCCGCCAACAGAAGUGCCCGCCAACAAUGAACCUACCAAGAAGCUCACUGUUAUUGAGCUACCCUUCCUGGAGAAUAACGAGGAUCCAAACACAAACAUGGUGGAGACGGCGCGUGUUUUCAAUGUCAUCGUGCCAGAGCCACGCAGUCACUUCCUCAACCAGCUCGGCUACGUCUUGGCCAUCUUCCUCCUGCUCACUCUCAUCGUCGCCGCGGUGAUCCUGCUCACACGGAGCCGCAGGAAGAGAGAGCUGGAGUAUGAUGUGCGUAGAUCUGAACGGGGACAGCCGAGGACAGCCAUUGAGAUGGAACCCACUGGCCUGAAGAACUGCAAUCAGGAUGACCUCAGGGACUACAAGAACAACAUAAUGAAGGAGCAGGCAGAGAUGUCCUAUGCUUCCACUUCAAGAGUCAUAGACCUCAAUAAAGAAAUGGAGAAGCUGUCAUGGAAAUGAGGUGCUGCCUAACAGGCUGCUGGCUGGCCCAGAGCGAAAGGACUUGGCGAUGAGACAACCAAUCGGAGUGCAGGGAGACUCACGAAUGAAGCCAUAAAGGAGGUGUUGCCAUUGUGUCUGCUGUUCAAUAAGCUUCAUGCUACCAACUUUGCUGUCUUAUCUGAUACCCUAUGUAGUAUGUUUAUCACUGCUAAAGCUAUAUAUAUAUCUAGGAUAUUGUAUGCUUUAGGUUGUAGUGCCAUACAUUGACAUUAGUGGUCAAGCUUGCAUUAGCCCCUCGACGAGAUCGAUAUCAAUACACUGUGUCAUUGUUAUAAUGUUCUUUUUUUAUACUGUUACUGUUUUUUUACGUAUUCAAAAAGAAAUAAAAGGAAUGCUGUUGAUAAUGUACAAUGAUCAGUGACGUUCUGCCGUUCACGCUGCAUUCAUAUGUUGCACGCGUUUAAUGCAUUUAAUGUAGUCCUGUCCUGACCCUUCGACGAUCUUUUAGAUUCUAAAGAGAAGGAGCUUUCAAAAGAGAGAGGCAUUGUAUUUCUCAGGAAUUCACUUGCACACCAGAACGCUUGAGUGUGUGCAUGUUCUUCUCUCUCGCAUUGUUGGGGCGAACAAGCAGAGAGAGUGCUUACAUUCCUGUUAUUACUGUAUGUUCUAUCAACUGUUCUAUCAACUGUUCUACUAUACUUCUGAUAGUCAAGUUCAGCUCAGAACUCUGUCUGCAGCCGUUUGCAUGAAAAUGGGUAGAUGAGAACAAAUAGUGGUGCUUUGCCCACUGUUUGGGUCUGCUGUUUAAAUCCACUAGUGCCACCAACAGGCCAUUUUUUUGUGUGUGUUUCAACACAUUUUUUUUGUAGCCUAGAAUUCAAUUCUUGUAUUUCCUUUCCAGUACCAGAAUGUAUGCAAAAGUGUUCACAGUCUUUUAUCUUGCAUGAGUUCUGCUUCCUCAUAAUGAGUUGUAAACAGUGGACAAAACUAACACCAACAAGUAUCAUAUUACUGAAGCUGAUGAUCAGGUGAACUGAUCUUUACGUCUUCAAUUAUUUGGUCAACAUAAGUUGUUAUUUAUUAUGAUCCAGUUUGAUUCAAUUAUUUUUACCAUUUGUAUUUGCCGCCUCAAAACUCGUUGGUUGAUUAUAAACAAAUGCAGUUUUUGGCAUUACACCCAAAGGCGUGAAAGAUGUAUUUGCACAUGAGUGAACAUAAUACAAUAUGGCCUGUACACUGUAAAACAGUGUAGCUAUCAGGAUGAUUAUCAUGCAAUAUAAUGAAUCAUAUUUUAAUCAUUUUUAUUAGGUUUUCUUCUUUUUUACUAUUGUAUUUUUCAUCUAACCUAAAAUACGGUAGGAUUGUAUCAAUUUGAUGAUCAAUUAGGCCAGCAUAACACCAUGGUAAUCUUGACUAGACUUCCUCUGUAGUAUUUUGAUAUAAAAGUUUCAGGUAAUUCCUUAUAUGCUCUGCUCUGUAUUUUAAUGAAUCUUGUCAACAUUUGUGCCUCUUGUAUGUCUGUGCUGAAAUAUAUCCAGGAUCCUA